CUGCCACGGCAGACGCAGGUUUUGUGCGAAGGUUUUCUUAUUGUGGUUUGGAUAUAGACAGUGUAGUGAAUUUACCAGACUUGGAUACGAAACGAGGCAUCAAUAUGAAAGUUAUAUGGAGUGGCCUAACUCUUCUUGUUGUAUUAGUCAACGUUGAAGGCCAUGGUCGACUGAUAGAACCACCCUCAAGAGCUUCAGCGUGGAGGUACGGCUUCGGCACGCCACACAAUUACAAUGACCACGAACUUUACUGCGGAGGAUUCACUCGGCAGUGGAAUAGGAACAAUGGGAAAUGUGGCGUUUGUGGUGACGCUUGGGAUUCGCCCCAACCACGAGAUCACGAACUUGGCGGUAGAUUCGGACAAGGAGUUAUCGUCCGUAAAUACGCUUCCAAGGAUAUAAUAGUCAUUAAAGUUGAACUAACUGCCAGCCACAUGGGUUUCUUCGAAUUCCGGGUAUGCGAGGAAUUCAAAUCAACCACCCAAGAAUGUUUAGACAAACAUGUCUUAUUGUUAGAUGGUAGGACAGACUCGAAAUAUUAUCCCCGUGAGGGUAACAAGGUGUAUGAGAUGAAAUACCAGCUUCCAGAGGAUCUACAGUGCUCCCAUUGCGUGUUGCAAUGGAGGUAUAUUGCUGGGAACAAUUGGGGGAAUUGUCCAAAUGGAACUGGAGCGGUUGGUUGUGGUCCACAGGAAGAGUUCAGGGCGUGUGCUGAUAUAGCUAUCGAGGGUCGUUUCUCGACGACCACAAGGAAACCCAGACCUUCGUAUGUUCCUCCGAGCUGGCGUCCAACAGUUCCUACACCAGAAGAAUCAUCAGGCAGUGCCUGGUAUGUCAUUUUGGUCGCAAUCUUGGCACUCCUUAUCGCGCUGGGAGUGCUCACUGGAAUAUACCUGUACUACUACAGAGGUGAUCUAAGAAUUAAGAACUUAAUCAAAUCAAAUACCGCUCCACCAGCGCUAGCACCUAUUCCACCUCCAAGGCAGAAAAAAUUGUCUUUGUCCAGAGAAUCACCACCAAUAAUAUCAUCCCCUAAACUCAUAUCGGACUCAACGGGUUUUGAAACAGUUGAUUUAAGAGUUAAGUAAUUGUUGUAAUAAUAUUUUAUAUGGAUUUGAUCGCAGAGAGUUGAUAAAAAUAAAAUUUUAAUGUGAGUUUCUAAACUUAAAUUAAGAAUUCGGCCCGGUCACAUAUUUCUUCAGCGGCGGGACCUUGCGCUUGACAACAGCUUAAUGUCUCGUACCCGUGCACAGUAGCGAGGUUAUUAUUAAGCGCCAGUUUUUGAACUCUAUGCGGACAGACUAUAGUUUAUGGUGAAGAGUUGGAGGUCGUGACACUGCCGAUACUAGUGAUAAGUAAAAUAAGUGUUUGUGAUAUAUGCAAAGGUUGUAUGACUGUUGAAAAAAUGGAGGCUUUUAUAUUUCACAUUGGACUUUUUGUGUUUAAUAAUAAAAUAAUUUAAAAUAAAUUGAUAAAUACCUUUCUGAAUUGCUGUACUAAUCUAAUUGUUACGCUAAAGUGUAAUAACGUUAAUUAUUUUACUUACUUUAUUUUUAUUAAUUUAGGUACAUGAAUAUAUAGUAAACACUUAGAUCAUUCAUACGUCUAGAUAGACUACGACAGCUGUGAAAACUUUGAAUAAAAUAGACUUUAGAACUAUCCUCUACUUUGAGCAAUUCACGCACACUUACACAAAGUGUCACAUCGCGAGUGUAAGACGUAGCGUGUGACGCACACUAAAUUAAUAUUCCUGGCCUGUUUUUAUCGGUUUUUUAAGAGCAAGAGACUCUAUGUAGACCUAUUAAUUAUCUAACAGUAAACAAGACAUUACAACAACACUGUAUGAAACAUAAAAUUAAAUUUUAUGCCCUAAAAGUAAAUGAGACAUGAAUUAUAUUUGAAACUUGUAUAUGUAUACUUAAGGCUUAAAAUUUAAGAUAAGGACGCAAGGAAACUAUAAUAAUAAUAUGUAUUUUAAAAAUAUUGGUUGAUUUGUCUGUAAAAAUUUAUAAAAAUAAAGUUGAGAAGUGAUUAAAUAUAAAAAAAAAUCCUUGGCUUGGGCUUGAUCACAGAUGUGUUCAUCAAAAGUAUUUACCACAAAAUUGAGAGUGCGCGCGCGUGGCAGUAAUAUUAUAAAACAAUGUUAAAUUAUAAAUUCACUAUUCGGAGACAAUAUUGUAUUAUUUAUAAUUAAAAAUUAUUACGCGUCCUAACCGCCUUAGUGAAAAUAUUAUAGCCAGAGAGAUUUUAUUACACAAGGAUCCAUUUAAUAAAUCCCACCAGUAAAAAAUAUAGAUAAUAAUAUGAUUAUUUUUUGUACAUCCUUGUAUAGAAAGACUUGACGUUGGUAUGUAGAUGUAGGUACUAUGUGCUAAUAUAAAAGUAAAAGAAAAAUUGAUCGAAUUUGGUGCCUGAUAAAAUGUCGACUUUACCUAUAUUAUUAUAUAUAUUGUGACUAUUAUGUGGAUAAUUAUUAAAGUCUACAGAUAACAAUAUUUAAUUGUUUACAAACUAUAAGCCAUUGUGUGACUGAACAUGAAUGUUUGAAUUUGAGGAAUGCAAAACAAUUUAUGUAAAUUAAAUAUUUAUGAAACAAG